GCAGACGACUGUAGCAGACAAGGUAUAGGGAUAGAAAAAAGAUCAGACAUAAGUUUCCCACAUGUAUGUUGCUGGAGAAUCAUCACCAUGAAGAUCACUCAGAAAAGAAAAGUUAAUCGGUACAUGAGCUUUUUCCGAAAUAAUUUCGGGUUCCGAGUACCUUAUCAAGUGUUGAUUGAUGGUACUUUAUGUUUGGCUGCCCUUGAAGGGCAAGUCAGAGUCAGUGAACAACUUAUCAAAUAUUUCCAAUGUGAACUGAAGCUAUUAACCACACAGUGUGUUAUUCUAGAAAUGGAAAAAUUAGGUUCCUCGGUAAAUGGGGCACUAAGCAUCUGCAAACAAUUUGCUGUUCAUAAAUGUGGCCAUGAAAAGAAACCUGUCCCUGCCUCCAAAUGUCUUGAGUCCAUGAUAACCAACAACAACCCAAAUAGAUAUAUAAUUGCAACACAAGAUCCAAGUUUGAGGGAAGUUGCAAGAACUAUACCAGGAACACCAAUUCUAUAUCUGCACAUUCGUUCUCCGACACUUGAGAAACCAUCACAACUAAGCAGUGAAUUAGCUGGAUUCAAUAUACGAACAAGCAUUCAAAGUCAAGGAUGCACGAUGGAACGAUUGCGACAAAUAAAAAAACAAGAAUUAGGCACUGAUAUAAAGGAAAAGCCUUUCAAGAGAAGAAAACCUAAAGGACCAAACCCUCUGUCUUGUAAGAAGAAGAAAAAGAAAGCCAACAUUCGUGAACCUUUAGAAAACGUCGGACCAUCUUCGAGUCAACCACAGCGUACUAAAAGACGAAGGCGUGCCAAAAUUGCUGAGCAUAUUCGACAAGAAUUGGCUGGCCGAUUAAAUGUGUCAAAGGUCUGAGAUUGAAAAUGUCAUAAGUUGUUCGAGAAAUAUAAAAAUUUUGACACUUGA